GGCAGUGAUUAGAUCGAAGCGAAAAUUUCUUGCGAACAGUUCUUGCUCGGUUUGUGUGGAUUGCGUACGAAACGACAGAUCAAAGGAUUAUGGAGAGCGCUAUUUGUGAUUAAUGAUUUCUGGAUUAAGUGGGAAAAUAAGUGUUUUAUUUUUAAAAAAAUGUCGUACUGUGGAUUUGAUGAAGCAUCUUUUGAUGACUUUGCGGAUUAUACUUCCGAGGACAGUGGAUUCGAGAAAAGUUUGGAAUCCAAUGGUGGAGAUUUGUCGUUCAGUUUUGCGCCGAGGAAAUUGGAUUUUGAGGUAGCGCUUCCUGUGCCGCAGACGGUGGUCGAGCAGCCGGUGCCUAAGAAACGUGGACGGAAAUCACUGAAGGAUAAAAGCUUGGAGAAACUGUCCAGGGAGUUUAGUCCCAGCUUAGGGGUCCAAACUUCGACACCAACCAAACCAUCGACAGCCGCCAGUGGGGAUGAGAAACCAAAACGAAAGUACGCAGUUGGGAAGAGCCCGAGGAAUCGAAGCCCCACACAAGUUCAGAAGAUUAAGCGCUUCCGACGGAUGAAGGCAAACGAUCGAGAGCGCAAUCGUAUGCAUACGCUUAACGAAGCUCUCGAGCGGUUGCGCCUAACUCUUCCGACUUUCCCCGAGGACACUAAGCUCACCAAAAUCGAAACAUUACGAUUUGCUUACAACUACAUAUUCUCACUAGUUCACAUUCUUGAGCUGGAGGAAGACAUUCAGCUAGACUUGGAAAAACUGCAAAGCCUUACGCUGAGUGGGGAGCAAAUCAAUAAGGAGCUAUUCGACGCCAUGUUCGUCAACCCUACUCCCCAUUUCAUGGAUCCAAACUUUAGCUGCAGUGAUUUCUACAGCAGCAUGCACCAGUACGGAAUGACCAUGAACCAGUCCCAUAGCUACGAUCAUCCGGGUUUCUCCAAACAGAACUAUCAGAUGUUUCGAGGUGCCUUCGAUGCGGCCUACAACAAUCCAGACCACAGGCCGUCUCCUCAUAACCGAUCAUAUCCAACGGCUGGGUCCCAAUUACACGUCCCUCAUCAGGCGCAUCAAUCCUCUCCUUACCCCGGAAAUUACUACGGUAACCUGCUACCCGGCCCAACGACCGAUCUUAACCCUCCAAGCUUCCCAAUGACCCCUCGGAUGGAUUGUAACGCCCAAACAUCACCCCUUCAUCAACAGCAAUCUCAACAACACCAACCGGGCCAACCUCAUACAAUGCACUACGAUAGCAGUUUCUACAGCCAGACGCCACCAUGGUCGGAGGCACCCGGCUACAGUGAACCACCAUUCGGAGGCUACCCAGCAGCUGCCGACGGUUGUCGGAAGGGUUACAACUCGUAUCCGGUGUCGUUGUAGUUCCAUUUUUUUACCUGCAUUUGAAAAAACUCCAAAGUUUGAAGUACCCCAUAAACGGACUGUUGAUGAUCGCAUAAAACACUGUUGAGAGGUUUAACACAAGUUAACAAGUUUUGUAAGUUCUUAACGCAAAUUCUGGUGAUAACUCUAUCAAGUAGGUGAACUAGUGAAUUUAGACUGUAUUUUUAAUUCUAUAUGUACAAAUAAAAGGUAAUCUUAAAUUGCGAUUGAUUUUUGCUCUCAAUCCCUAUUGAUUGGGAGCAACUAUUGAUGCAAUUUGUUUCAAGGAUUAACAAUAUCAUCAAUUGAUUGCUCUUCAUUACUGGUUUAGUAAGAGAUCUUAUUUCUAACUGAGUUUAUAAGCUUCAAUCAGACAAAAGCGGUGAUGAAUCGUAAUCGAAACAAAAGUGAUAACCAAGUUAAUUUCUCAACAGAUUUUCCACAACAGUGGAUGAUCUGAUCAGAAAUUUUCAUUCGUGCCAUAUUUAGCUCCUAAGAUAAAACCUGAUUGAAACUACUAGUCACGGUAGACCAAAUUUAUACUGUAUCACUAUUUUAGAAUCGACAUUUUAACCUAGCAAAAUCUCGAUUCCAGAAUCGCUCCUAGCACAGGUUAAUUCCAACUCACGUAGUAGUUUUACAUCAAAAACAUAUUGAAAUGCCUUGUCCAGAAUAAAAUUUAAAAAAAAACUUAUAUCAAAGAGACUAUUUUUGCUCAGAGAACUAUAUUUUGUAAGAUAUUUCCAAGGAAUCAGAUAGUGGA